CCUUCCGCUGCGGCAAGAGGCGCCAGUGCAGCAGCUGGUGGACAGCACCAACUCUUCCAAGGUUCGGCCACCGCCACUGCCAUGGAGAACCUGCAAAACAAGAUGGCCAUCGGGUUCAAUAUCAAUCACACGACAACGACUCGAUCGGUGGAGCAGCUGUCGCAUUUUGUUUACCACUCCCGGGUCGAUUGCUUGUGCAAGUUGCUCCCGAAAAUUUUCGAGGCGGCCGGCGUGGAGCGGCACUACCACACGAGGGAAGUCAUCAAAGAUUUCUUCGAGGCAAAUUACUUCCAGAACCCGAGCUCCGUGUUUUCAUCUACCGUGGGCGGCUUGAUGUUUGGCACAAAGCACGGGUCGUCGACGUCGGGCAGUAAACCAAGCUAUGCGAUUGUACUGCAAAUAUCUUCUCUGGUUCAGAAUUUGCGUUGCAAAAUUUUAAAGACAUCUACCUACAUCUGUGCAGCAUGGCUACGAGCAGUCGACAACUCUUUUGUCGUGCUGGGGAUCUAGUUUGUCACGCGGUUUUCGAAUGAAUCCGCUAGCACGGAACUGAAAACCUUCUGAUGCUGUUACUUAUGCCGCAGAUGGUGAUAGUACUCUGCUAUGGGAGUAUGAUCAGCAGCAGGAAUACAACAGGUGUACAGACUCAGACAUGUUUGCUAUGCAUACUUCCAGCAGUAGUGGUGCGGAUUCCGGUGCAGUGGGUGCCGGCGAAAUUCCGAAUGGGAAUCACCAUCACGACGGUAGUUCUCAUUUCAACGGCCUGGUAGCGGGUGGCAGUUCAGCAUCUGGAACAAACAGUAAGUCCCAGCACGCAGCGGGCGGAUCAGGCCAGCAGCACCCUCGGCAAAAGAUGCGUAAGUCGGUGACCCAUGGGAAUUUGGACACGAUUGGAGCAACAGGCGGGCACCACGGGAAUAAGCAUAAGCUCAACAAGCUGAAUCAGCAUCAAACCGCCGGCGCUAGUAAUUCAUCUACGAGCAAUUAUGCGCCACUGAUACAGCGGCGCGGCUCGUUUGAUUCUCUGGUCCCCACAGCUAGUACACAC